UAAAAGAAACAAUGAUUUAUUGUUGAAAAUUAUUGCGGGAAUUCAAACCAGUCUAUUAGAAUUUAUUUCUUCCUUUUCGCUCAAAACUCACGUUUUUUACAUAAGCUAUUCUUACUUAAAACGUUCAGUAAUCGUUUUCUUGUCGAUUUCUCAAUAUUGUGAAAUUUCAUCAUUUUGCUAUAUAUUUAAACAUUUUUGACUAAAAGGGAUAUUUUAAUAUUUCAAUUAAAGGAUAUCUAACUAAGAAACUGAUAACUAUUAUGUUUAGGCUUAAGCGUAGUUACAUUUUUGGAGUUUUGGGUACAUCUUCACUUGGUUUGGGAGUGUACUUACUAAGCAAAAGAACUAAAAAGUCAAAGAGAAUUUUGAUUGAAAAUGACCUUCAAGAGAAAAAGAUGGACAAAAUGGCAGAAAAAUAUGAGAUGAUCGCAUCUCAAGUUUUUUUCAGACACGGAUCUAGAACUCCAUUAAAUAGAGAACUACCAGUUGGAGAACCUGGUUUCGAUAGUAAAACUCUUUUACAAUCUGUACCGCACACAGAAGUCCCCUUUUUUAUACGUGAUCUGGAUGGUGGUCCACGUCCUAUUUCUAAUAUUGAAAGAAAAUAUGAAUUACGGAAGUUCGAAGGGGGAACCCAUGCUGGCCAAUUAACAAAAAUAGGAAGAGAACAAGGUUUUCGUUUAGGACAAAGGCUGAAGAGGAAAUAUGUGGAUAUUUGGAAAAUUAUACCAGAACAAUUUAAUCCACAGCUUGUCUAUAUGAGAUCAACAAAUAUAAAUCGAUGUAUCGAUACCCUUCAAUGCGUUGCAGCUGGAAUUUGGGGGAAAAAUUUAGAAAAACCAAUGGAAUUUUUUGUUGCCCCAGGAAAAGAUGAAUUUCUUUAUCCUGCAUCGCAUAGAUGUAAAUCUUUAAAAGGAAUUGAAACUUUAGGUAUCGUUGGACUUAAGGAAGUAGAAGGACUUACAAAAUUGGAAAAUCUACUUAAAGACAAAUUUAAAUUAGAAACAGAUAUGCCUAUCUUCGCUUGUUUUGAUAAUAUACAAUGUAAGAAAGGCAAUGAUAUUCCAAUAUUUGAUUGGUUAGAAGAUAUAAAAGACGAAAUGGAUGAAGCAGUAGUAAAAACAAUGAACAAAAUAAGAGUACCCUCACCCGAAUAUAAAACUCAAAGUAUAAAGUUAGGCAUUGGAAGAGUUUUUGAUACUAUCCUGAAUAACUUCGAGAAACUGGAUAAAAAGCUAUUUUUAUACUCUGCUCAUGAUUCUACUUUGUCAACUAUGCUUUCGGGUCUUGAUUCACUUUCAACGAAAUGGCCACCAUUUGCAGCUGACAUUUCCUUUGACCUACUUAGAGAUAAGGAAACAGGCAGUAAAAUUGUUUGUCUAUCUUACUGUGAAAGAGUGAUAAAAAUAUUGCCUUAUAAGGAAUUUGCUGAUUUGGCAAACAGGUAAUUGUCAAAUAAUAUUUUUCGGAUAGCGCCAUCUGAUGGCUACUGAAUUGUUCAAAGCCUGAAAUCCAAUCCAGGUCUCUUCAAACAAGAGUCUUUGAUAGGAUUAUUAAAAAAACUUAUUUGUUUUGGUGUUUCUGUAUUUUCGAUAUUUCUAAAAAAGGUUUUAAAUACCAAAUUGAUUUUCGGUUUAAAAAUAUCAGUGUCACAUCUCCUGCUUAAUUUGUGUUAAUGACUGUCAUUGUAGUUAUUAUCGAGAUAGGAAAUUGCAGACAGUUCUCGUAUUUCUAGAAAAAAGAACUUUGUUCUUUUUAAGUGAACAAGAAAAUUAACACUUGACGUAAUGUUUCAGGUGCAAAAUAACAGCCGAAGAACAUCGAACACUGUGCACAGAUGUAACCUUGCAUAAGGAACUAUAUGACGCUAUCAGGAAAGAGAAAAAGCGCCUAAAUUAUGAAGGAACAAAAGAUAGAGAGUUCAGUUAUAAGACAGAGAAAAGAGAAGAAGAUAAAGAGAAACCUGAAAAUCAAGAAAAACCAGUAGGAUCUAUAAGCCUGUCUUCAAUACCUUGUUUAAGAGCAGAAGGAUGCGAUGUUCACAAAGUUUAGGAAAAUUUUUUUUUGUUUCAGAGGAAGACUGGAUAAAAAAUUAAUAUAGCUUAUGAAAUUACAAAAAAUAAAUCUUAAAAUGUCAUAAUU